AUGGGAUGGGGUGUGCUCUUUGUACUGGCCUCGGCAGUGCAUGCGGCAGAGAUAGCCAUCACAACGCUAUGGCCUUGGAAGGUGCGCGAAUUUGCGGAGGAGGAGGGCAAAGACUCGCCGUUCGCGGUCGUAGUGAACGACAUCACCCGAGUGAUGACGACGAUGCUGGUCGCGUCGACAGUUUGCACUGUCUGUGGCACGACACUAGCGACUAGCGCGCUAGGAGCCUGCUUUGGCCACAGCCCACAACGGUUGACGGUUGCUGGGCUCGGUUUCGCGGCAGUGACAAUAUUCUUCGGCGAGCUCCUGCCUAAGACACUGGGUGUGCAGAACGCAGAGCCAAUCGCGCGGUUCGCUUUACCAUACAUCCGCACACUUGCGGUCUUUCUCGCGCCCGUUGGACGCGCCUUCUCCUUUGGGGUCAAAGAAAUCUUACGACCUCUUGGCCUGGAAUAUGAGGGUCACGCCGGCGAUGUGUCGGCAGGUGAGCUGCGCCUCCUUGUCGAAGGUGCGCGCCUGAGCGGUGGUAUUGGGGCUCGCGAAAGCAACAUGGUCAAGGGCGUCCUUGACCUCCAAGUCACCAGGGUUGCCGAAGUGAUGACACCCCGUGUGGAAGUAGUCGCGCUCGACGAUGAGGCCUCGCUAGGAGACGCCCUCGAAGUCAUGACAUCGACAAAAUAUUCACGCCUUCCCACAUUCAACGACGACGUCGAUAAUAUCACGGGCAUACUCCUUGCCAAGUCGCUAAUCCGAUACGCAGAGACCAAUACAACGAAUAUGACACUACACGCGCCGCCAAUGGCGACGACUGAGGCCGCGCUUCGUGCGACGCGUGUCCGGGAUGAACCCGGUCUUGAACCUGCCUAUUUCGUGCCGGAGUCUAUGAGCGUGUGGGCCGUACUAGAAGCCAUGCGGCGCCGACGCUGUCACCUUGCGGUCGUGGUGGAUGAGUAUGGAGGGACAGCAGGCAUUGUCUCCCUGGAAGACAUCCUCGAGGAGAUUGUCGGAGAGAUUUAUGAUGAAGAGGAUGCGGAGGAGGGCGCAGACGUCGAUGACCGCUCCCUCAUACAGGUUAUCCUACAGCCCAGUGCAGACGGGGAUCCCUCGACCACGAACGCAUUGGCGAGUGCAUACGCUAUUAAGGGCGAGGCUGAGCUCGAUGACGUCCGUGCGGCCCUCCCUCUUGACGAUGAAAACUUUGACUGUGUGACGCUUUCUGGGUUUCUCUGCGCCGUUCAUGGCGAAAUCCCCAAGAAUGGCGAUGUCAUCAUCGACAGCGGCUUCAGAUUCACUGUUGUUCAUAGCGACGCGCGUCGCGUCCGAGAAGUCUUAGCAGAGCGCACUCGCCCCAAUGAAGCCGCCACGACGCAAAAAUCUGGGACUGACAUCGGGUGUCUCCCCGCAUAA